ACUCCUACUCCAUUACUCUUGCUGACAUUGUAGACCGAGCAUUACGCCCAUGCUUACUCCAGCUAUUGUAGACCAGGCCUUAUCUGUCACUCCUGUCAAGCGUCAGGUGCGUCAGCCAUAACAGUUCUAUGCAAGGAAAACAUUCUUGUUGAUGUUCCGUAGCGUCCUGUAUGAAAUACGAGUUAUAAUAUUUUAUCUUAUUUGUACGAUUUUGAUAUCACAGUGAAAGUUUAAAAAGCAUUAAAAUAUGUCGGAAUAUGAAAAAGUGCGGACGGGAAAGUUAAUAUUGAAAGGCGAAAAAUCAAGACCGAAGAAACGAAAAUCCAAGAAACAAGAAAAAGAACUGGAUGUCACUGUCGAGGAUAAGGAUAUUCUUACUCAUGGAGGGUGGUGGAAAGUUAAAAAUGUGAUUGAAAUCACUGGAACAGUUGCCAUUGAAUUUGGGAAUCGAACUUACAUGAAAGCACUUGACAAUGGAUUGUUCACCCUUGGAGUACCGCAUGCUGAGGGAGACAGCCCAUCGCCAGAAGAAAUAUUAACGGCGUUUCCCAUAAGCGAGACUAAGGUUGCUUUGAAAUCGGGAUAUGGCAAAUAUCUUGGGGUUGAUAAAAAUGGUAUUGUUAUUGGACGAAGCGAUGCAGUUGGGCCUAUUGAACAGUGGGAACCAAUUUUUCAAGAUGGCAAGCUUGCAAUAUUAAAUAACACCGGAUGUUUUAUGUCAGUUACAAGUGAUGAUGAUAUAGUUUGCCAGAGUAGGACAGCUGGUCCAUCAGAAUUUAUUAUUAUAAGAAGUAUAACACAACGUUCUAAAAAUCCUGAUAAGGAUAUUCCAAAAGAAGAGCAAGGAUCACUUGCGGAAGUUGAAGUAAAUUAUGUGCGAAAGUUUCAAAAGUUUCAAGACAAGAAGUUAAGAAUAAAUAAGUCCGAUCGUUCAGAAUUGGAAAAGGCAAAAGUGGAAGGAAAUUUGCAUGAAACUCUGUUAGAUAGGAGAAGUAAAAUGAAAGCUGAUCGUUAUUGUAAAUAAAUUCAGUAUUGUUGGUAAAUGUACUGUAAAUAAAUUGUGAAAUUUAUUUUUAUUUGCAAUAGUAAUUGUCUGAUGUAAUAUUAAUACCAAUUGUGUGUACCAAUGGUAACGAACAACAUCUAUUUAAGCAUUUUAUAAGUUUUUUAAUAUAACAAAAAAAUUAUUAUUUACAGCAAUGAAUAAAUUAAUG